AUGGAUAGCUCGGAGUACGAGACGAUCAGGAAUAUGACGCUCCUUUUCUUCUUUGAGCGAUUGAUGGACAAAGGUGGCCCACGUACUUUGCACGAUCUAAGCUGUCAGUUCGGGGCUAAGGGCUUUACGAAGGAGAUGCGGCAGAUAGCAGGAGGUUCACAAAGUGGCCUUAAGAAGUUUCUAUCGCAAUAUCCGGCUCUCUUCUUGAUCGACGGCGAUUACGUGUCUGUCAAUACGUUUCAACCAGUCGUGGAGGAGGAGAGCGGUAGUAAGAACGCGAAUAAGCGCGAUUAUGCCCGCGAGGCUGUAGAAUACUUUACGAAUAAACUGGUGCAAUACGGCAUGGGCAUCGAAGUGCCUAUUAAAAGCCUCCUGGGUCAUCGAUCGCAGGCUUCACCGGAGGUCAGGCAUAUAUCCGGUCAACACUACAAGGAAUUCCGCGACUUUCUCCUCAAAUAUCCCGACGCGUUCGUUGUCACAGAAGAUAACGUGAUACUGAAGCAAUACGAGGGUAUGAAGCUGGAGCGAUUGUUGGAGUUAGAGCCAGAUAUUCCGAUCGAUCCGGAGGUUACGGCAAAACUGUUGGACUUCUUCAGCAUGUGCAUCGAGCAAAAGGGUCCGAUCUUAAUUGACCAGCUGUACAAUAUGGUCAAUGAUAAGUUUUCUCACGAGAGUUGGAUGUGCAUAUUUAAAACACCACAAGAUCUGUCGACCUUCAUCAAAAUGUUCCCGGACACGUUUCACGUGCAGAGUAACCUGGUGACGUUGAUAAGCCGGUCGAAAUCUUCUAUAGCACCGGAAUCCGCAACGGGUUUAGCUGCAAAGACGAAGACUUUGAAUAACGGCAGUGGUCGCAGUCAGAGCAACAACAGCUCGACUCCGCACAUGAACGCGCUGCCGAUUAUCCCACCGAGCAAAAUCCAAUUUUCGCAGCCGGAGAACGUCUGUAACAACGCCACGGCUCAGCCGAACUCGUUGCAGAAUGCGUACACACCGCCGCCUGUUGUCGAAAGCAAUAAUAACUCACCACCGGUGAGCUUGCAGCAGCAGACUCUCAAGCAGAGGAUCAACACACUCGUGAUGAAAACCCUGGCGGACAACACAGAACGUGACCGCAGCUUGCAAACCGCACAGAUGGGAGACGCCUGGAAACUGAAGGUGCUGCAGCAGACCAGAGUGAUAGCGACGCCGAGAGACAGUCUUCAGAUCAUAGAAGAUAUAAUAAAUCCUCGGAAGCCACCUCUCGACGGCAAGGUGGUCAUCUCUUUCGACUGCGAAGGCAUCAAUCUUGGCGUCAAGGGACAGUUGACUCUCGUACAGAUCGGUACGAUGAGCGGUCAGGCGUACGUGUUCGAUUUGUUUACGUGUCCGAGUCUCGUUCAAGCUGGAGGUCUUCAGAAGCUGCUGGAACAUAAGAAUGUUGUUAAGGUGAUUCAUGACUGUAGGAACGACAGUGUCAAUCUGUACAAUCAAUUUAAAAUUAUGUUGACGAACGUUUUUGAUACACAGGCUGCUCAUGCAGUACUACAGUUUCAAGAAACGGGGAAGCCUGUGUACAAAGUUAAAAACGUUAAUCUCAAUACACUGUGCGAUCAUUAUGGUGCUCCAUGUAAUCCGCUUAAGGAACAAUUGAAGAAUAUUUACCGUAAGGAUCAACGCUACUGGUCCCGGCGACCGAUGACUCGCGACAUGCUGAUUUAUGCGAGCAGCGACGUCCUGAGUCUUGUACCUCAAGUUUAUAAUGCUAUGUCAAGACUUAUCAAGCCGGAGAUACAAGGUCUGUUUGCGGAAUUGUGCGAAGAACAGAUUCAGAUGCACAUAAGACCGGCGGAGGUGAAAGCACGUAAGAAGCAGCGAAAGGUCGAGACCGAGGUGGCAGAUCUGAAGAAAAGAAUGGAAGAAGCGACGAGCAAAAAUAUCGUGCUGAGCAAUCGUGAGAUUCGACUGCUUCGCUACUUGGAUCUUACCGAGGACGAAAAGGAGAAGCUUAAGGGGAGCUACAAAGUUGCGAAGAAAUUAGAGAAGUUAGAAAAUAUGGGCCAGGAUAAAGGCGACAGUAGCGACGACGACGACGAGGAUAAGACGGACGACGUGGAGUAUCCCAGCAUGGAAAGUUACACUUCGGAGAAUUCUCAUUCUGGUGGCAUAUUGUCACCGCGUAAUACCGAUACUCCAAGCUUGACGGAAUCGAUGCAGAUGGUGGAUGAGAUACUUUCGGAUGGUCGGAUGGAUAGGCUGGAGAAGAUUGAGAAAUUGGAAGCCAUACUCUCGGCAGUCACUAGUUCUGCGACUGAUCAGCUUUCCGCCAACAGUACAGAGGCAUCUCCUACUAAGUGCGUCUGUUCCUGUCAAGAUAAGACCGAUAGCCCGCGGGCAGCUACCGUGACUAGCGUGGCCUGCCAAACGCUUAGCACUGGUGAUAUAGUAAUUACUAGAAUCUUCGUCAGCGAGGAGGAGAAGGAGAGAGUAAGAUUACUGAACUCGCCAAAAAAGUAGGUAUUACAGCUGCUGUGAAAGUAGUAGAGAAGUUGCCAUUUAUAGGUUUUUAUAAAAGUGGACGCGAACGAAUAAAAUGAAGGAAUUAAGUAGUUGAGAAAAUUUAUCUAUUUUAAUGUAAUAUAAACGAGAUUUUUUCAUAGAGCAGAACCGACGAAACCCAAACGGAACAUGCUUUCUGUGCGUCUGCUCCCUUAAAAGUGUCUUAAACGAAUAGGCCUUGUUAUACAAACGCCUUUCCGAAUCUGAUUUGGUAUAGCGAUCAGAUUCCUAGGAAAAGGUUAAUUUUAUACGAGGAUACACAUCGUACGUUUAGUAUCCGCCUGAGGAUUAUCUUUCUUUUACGAGUUUUUAAGAAAGACCGAAUCACAUGUUUUAAGUUACAACAUACGUAAGCAGUGCGGACGAGAGAGAGGUUUCGACAGUUCACUGAUGCAAUUUUUGCGUAAUGGACUGUGUCUUAUGAUAUUUUUGUUGAUUUCAGAGUUAAAACUCGCCGAUAUCGGUUAUUUGAGCGAAAUUUACAUGAAUAUCUAGAGAGAGAGAGAGAGAGAGAGUCCUUGUGCUGUUCGUAUAAAGAUAAUGUUCGGCAACGCUUUCGGUAAUAGCGUCGCGAAAUUAAUGGGAUGCAUAUCAUGUGCUUGCUGAAACGAAAUGUUUUUUUCUGUGAAGUACUGCAUUAAAAUCGCUGAUCACCGCUCGGUCUACUUUGCGCGUCACUCGAGACAAAAACGAAUCCAUCGGCAGUAUAAUAUA